AUGACCUUGUGGGCCAGUGAAAUCCCUGGAGAUUCCUCUGACCGCUACCAUGAGCAGGUGGUAGCCAAACGCAAGGUGGUGAAGAUGAUGAUCGUGGUAGUUUGCACAUUUGCGAUUUGCUGGUUGCCAUAUCAUAUUUUCUUCUUGCUACAGACACUUGAUGAAACAAACCAGAAAUUCUACCAGCAGCUUUACCUGGCCAUUAUGUGGCUUGCCAUGAGUUCCACCAUGUACAACCCCAUCAUUUAUUGUUGUUUGAAUGACAGGUUCCGCAUUGGCUUUAAGCAUGUGUUUCGAUGGUGCCCAUUUAUCCGUGCCGGUGAGUAUGAAGGGCUGGAAAUGAAAUCCAGACGCUACCUUCAAACACAGAGCAGCAUGUACAAAAUCAGUCGUAUUGAAACCACCGUCUCAUCUGUCCUAAACACCAACGAUGAAGAAGCUGAGGAGAAUGGGAAAAGUAGCAAGCGCCUCUCCUUGGACCUUACUUCCAAUGGCUCCUCUCGCAGUGUCUGUAAGACCAUGUCUGACUCGUCCAGCUUCUACUCCAACAACCUUGCAUAA